GAGCAGGAAGAGGAGGGAGCGGGACGGGCGCCUCGUCGGGGCUGGCGGAGUGGCCCGGGGCGCCGGGCGUGGAGCGAGAGGGGCGCGCAGGGAAGUCGCAGCAGGGGCCCAGAUGGCGGGGGCGCUGGCGCUGCUGCUGCCCCCCCUGGCGCUGGCUGCCGCGCUGAUCCUCCCGGGGGCAGGUGCCCUUACAAUAUCCCUUCGUUCUCUUAAGGAUAUAACAGUUCUGAUAAAGCCUGGACCUUCUACUCAAGCAGAAAGAUUAUGCAGGAUGUGUUCUGAAAGAGACUGCUUUUCUGAACGCAAAAUACUACCCGGGGAACAGUUUAAUUUUUCUUUUGCUUGUUCCUUGCCAGAAAAAUACUGGAUCCUGAUAGUUGAGAAGAACAUGGAUUGUAUGCGAAGACAUUGUCCCUUUGAAGAUGUUCUUCUUCAGCCCUCAGGAUUACCCAACCUUAAUAGGACAUUCAUUUGGGAUGUUCAAGCUGGUAAAAAUGAUGCGCUUGUACUGAAGUUUGCGACAUGGCUAAGACAAGUGGACCCUGGAGAUACUUGCCACGAUCAGGUUGUUUAUAAAAUUGGCAGCCAUUUUGUUGACAACACAGUCAAUAUUGGAUAUUUCUGCAGAAAUGGUUCAGUUUCUCGGGUGAAGGUGCAAGGGGAAGUAAUCAUGACUCUACAGCUUCCUUGGGAUUCAAAACUCAACACUUCGGGCUUUGAGAUAGAAAGCAGGGAUUCCAUAAAAAGAUUGUGCAUUAUUGAAUCAACAUUUGUGAGUGAGUCAUCUGCAACCUUGAUGUCUGCCAAUUAUCCCAAUGGCUUCCCAGAAGAUGAGCUUAUGACGUGGCAGUUUGUCAUCCCCCCUGCUAUGAGAGCCAGUGUCUUCUUCCUCAACUACACCAAACCAAAUUGUGAACGGAAGGAACAGAGACUGGAGUACUCCUUACCUGGGAACGAUAACCCUGAGGUGUAUUCCCUGAAAGAUACACAGCCAAUGAAUAUUCCCGGGAGCUUCAGCCUUUCCUUGCAAGGCUGUGAUCAAGAUGACGGGAACCCUGGGGCUCUUCGCCUGCUUUUUAAAGUUGAUGUUCACUCCCCUAAAAAUGAGAACAAUAUAUCCUUCCCUGUUGACCUUAGGCAGGACAAAGCGAAUGUUACCUUUUAUUCAAACUAUCUACAAUCUGGAUCACAGAACAAACCUGCCUGCUUGAUCUGUCGAAGUGCUAGACACUGUGGACCCAAUGUGACGUUACUUUCUGGUGACUUAUCUUCGAUAACCAUUCUGUGCCACAAAAAGGAUAUAUCCAGCAACGUAAAGAUGACUGCUGAAAUGUCUAUAGCCUGCCGGAAUUCCAGAAUUUGUCAAAACAGAAUCUUUUCUCUGGUUGUACCCAAGUCUCUUCUUGGGCUGCCUGUCCCACUUGACAAGUUCACUUGGAAGCUUACAGCACCUGAAGACACCAACAUACAACUGAGGGCCCCAACCUUUAAACUACAGCAGCAUAUUCCCAACCAACAACGCAAAUGCAGUGGAAGUUACAGUUAUACCAUCAAUGGCACCACCCCAGGGAAGACCUUAGCGUUCGGUAUAUACUGUCCAGGCGGAGCCAUUGAAAAAAUCCAGAUAAAAAACAAUGUUUCCAUAAGCCUGAAGACAUUUGACCCAAGCUUCAAAGAUGUUUAUCAGAAUCCGGAUCUGAAGUUGGUUUUUGUGCCAUCAAUGAAAGAAGAUUGCAUUUUCACAGUUACCCCAGCUCCAAAAUCCAAAGUUUACUUAGAGACCCCUAACUGGGUCGAUGGUCUGCCUCCUUACAUGAGUGUCUACUGGAACAUCAGUGUUCCAAGGAAGAAUACUGCACAGCUUCGAUUCUUGUCUGAACGGAUGGAUGUUUCUUGUGAGGAGUCAUGGGCUCAUUUCUAUGUGAAUGAACAAAGACCAAAUGCAGAAGAAACUGUACGCCGUAAUGAUCAGCCACUGCCAAAGUCUCUAGAUAUGCGUCAUAAUUUCUGGUUAAACAUCACUAACUGUAAACCCAGUGCCAAACAAUUUCUUUCCUUGCAGUUCUCAGUGACAAUCACUGACAAAAGAUCAGAUGUGACUGUCAUCAUUGGCGUGGUGGCUGGUGGGCUAGCAGUGGUAGCAAUUAUUGGGCUUGCUGUGUGCUGCAUUAAGAAAAAGAAGAAAAAGGAAAAUCCCCAAACCCCAAUGGUGGGGGUGUAUAAUGCCAAUGUCAACACCCAGCUGCCCACAAAACCAGGUAUCUUCAAAAAGGGAAGGAAGAAGAACGAGUCUCAUGUCUAUGCAGUCAUUGAUGACACCAUGGUUUACGGGCACUUGAUGGAUAGCUUGAGUGGCCCUGGAAAUGCUGAAGUAGGCGUGUACAGGCCUUUUACUGGUCCCGUCAGUUCUAAGCCUCCAUCCCCACCUCCAAUCUCAUCUUUCAGGAAAAUGUCCAAACUAUCUACGACUGAGGAGUCCUUCACACCGAUGACUGACAAUGAGACAUAUACCUUUAACCAGCGUGCAAUGGGGCCACUUGAGAAGAAUGGUGACACCCACGUUAGUGGUAAUGGAGAUGUGGGCAUGUCCUUACUUGGAAAAAAAGAACUGGCAAACUUAGUGGAAUAACUAUGACACAGAAUCUAAGACUUCUUGGACACAUAGAAGGAACUAUGGUUUACAUACGUUUGUAAUUUUUUUUUCCUGAAAAGGAAUAAUUUUAAAGCCUAUUUUUAUACAGUUUCCUUUGUAAAAUAUUCCUUGUGGCUCACAUCAGUUUUUAUAAUGUCAGAUGAUGUACUAUGAGCAUGGAAAUGUCCAGAAUGUUGAAUAUAGCGAAGAUGGAUGGCAAAGAUGCGUUUUGAACUUCCUUUAUAUUAAAUGGACCUAGAAAAUUGCAUUGCCAAAAAAAUCUAUUCAUUUCUUUGGCUCUUGAAACUGGACUGGCAUUGAUUUGAAGAUUCCAUUGCAGAAUGAGUACUUUGUGGGGAGGGGAAUGGCAUAGUUCAAAGCGAGCUUUCCUAUUGUGAAAAUUUGCCAUAGGAAGAUGUCUUUUGUUGAUAAUAUAGCUCUAGGUUAUGUAUGACCUACCAUUAUGCCUAUGUGGACUUCUGUGUGACAAAAGUGAUGGUUGUGUUUGCAAAUGGGAAUUUCCCAUCCAAUCAGCUGUAUAAUACAUGUGCAAUAAAAUAUUUUAUUCAUAUUUGUCUUUCUGUGGAAACAACUUGGUGAAUUUUAACAGUCCGCACUGAUGCCUAUGAAAAGUCCAGGAUUUGUCAUACUAUGUUCUCUGUUUCCAAAAAGCCAAGUAUCUAAAGUGCAGAAAUUAUUACUUCAGCAUUACAACUGUGUUUGAGACACACAGUAGACUCCUUUUAUGUUGGUUUCUCAAUUUAUACAAAACCACAAAUAAUUGGGACUGGUGCAUAAACCAAAUAUAUCACAAUAUAAGCGCAUAUAUCAAAGGCUACCUUCUAUGUUGCAAUAUACACAGUACACAACUUGUAAACCAAUUACACCAUCGGUCUCUUGUUUGAAGACAACUUAGAAAUAAUUGUACAGCUAAAUACAGUGAUAUUGGCAAUAAUACUUUCAAAAAGAAAAAUACAAGAUAACUUAAUUCCUGUAAGUGUCCUAGAAAUUAUACUAUAAACAUUUAAGAUGACUUUGGCCAGUAUUCCAUGUCAGUAUCUACAAUUACAGAAGCACAGUGUUGUACAAAGCAACAAUUAAUUGUACAGUUGAUUGUAACACGUAGAUGUUCCAGUCCUUUACACAAUACUGAACUUUCUAACAUUAAAUCUAUCUUCAUUUCUUGGUAUGGAUCUGUCUUGUGCAACAUCUACGAAGUUGCAUGUACCGGUAAUUCCAAGCUGUUUUAUUGUGGAAAAAAUUCAUACACUGUGUUUCUGUUUUUUUUAAUCAGCACUUGCAAGUAACAAAAGGAAUGGAAAGAUAAUGUUCAGAUUCACUGGAAUAUUUUACAUAUCACUGCCAUGCAAUAGUUUCACCAUCAGCAAUUAAUAUGUGAGAAAGUAUUUUCAUUGGUCUUUGCGAAUACUAGUGUUUUGCCUUUAUAUAGCAUCCUGUAUGGUUGCAUAAGACCUCUUACACCACUGCCGUUUAGUCUGCUGUGGCUUGAAUAAGGGAAGUUCUUUCCUGUUUAUGUAUAGAUAGAGUUUAGCUUAAAAAAAAUCACAAAUUAAUAAUUAGAAUCCAAAAAGCUGUGUGUUCGCACUCAAUACAAGAAAUGGGAGAAAUGCUAUGUACUUAAGGGCUUGUAUUAACCAGAAGUUAACUCUGAUCAUUUUAUACAUUGUGAAGUCAUAUUUAUUUGCAUGGCCAAGAGACUUCUCUCUCUCUCUCUCUCUCUCUCUCUGUGUAUGUCUGUGUGAUGUAUAUCAUAAUUUACUUAGUUCACACAUAAUUAAUAUUUUUCUACUCUUUGGUAUUCAUUCUCUUCUCUAAAGUAUGCAACCCAACUAUAGUUUGAUUCAUUUUUAAAAUAAUUUUUUUAAUGCUGCAAAUUGUACAGGGUUUCUUAGGUCUCAUUUUAUCCAUAUGGAAGUAAGUGCUAGGGCUCAUGGUUGGCGAAACUUUGGCACUCCAGAUAUUAUGGACUACAAUUCCCAUCAUCCCAUGCUGGCAGGGGCUAGUGGGAAUUGUAAUCCAUAACAUCUGGAGUGCCAAAGGUUCGCCACCAUGGUGCUAGGCUGUGGCCAAAUUGUAAAAUGAAUGAGGUUAGCUUUUGGUUCUGACUCCUCUGCCCCACCCCCCCAAAGUGGUUAUAAUUGUUGAUUUGUUUGUUUUAUGUACAUAUCCUGAAAUCUGUCUUGCAAAUGUGGAAGUACAAUAAAGCACCCACCAUUUCUCUUUCAAGUUGUAUGACCUCACAAUUUCUGGCAGCACACCAAUUUCUAAAACAAAUUUUCUUUUCGAGUAAACAACAUCUCCUCCUUACUAUGCUGUUCUGCUGGUAUCCUUCUUGCACACCAAACACUAUGCAAGAGAGCCUCCUUCAGAUUUACAGGAUCAGGUGUAAUAUUAAUUCUUUCCCCUCACCUUGGAUUGUUACUUUUUUGUCCCUGUUUCUGUAGAUUGUCUUUCAGUAACUUAUUCACAGUGUAUGUAUUUUAAAAUGAGAUCUAAAGUGUUGAUGAUACCUUUAUAAAUAUUGUUCAUGCUUGUAAGUGACUGAAAUUCUCAUGCUUGCUCUUUUAUAUUCAUACAGCAUUAUAAUUUCUUAAGACCUCUUUGACACAGGCAUUUGAUUUUAUAUGCUACAGAAAAAAAUGGUGCAAUUAAUGCAUAAGACAUUUUUGUGUGCACAAAGUCUGUAAAGUGAAAUAAAAUGUUUGCCAGAUA